AUGGCCUCCAGCUGUAUCAGAUCCGUGAGCGGCGCUUCUCGUUCGUGCCUCCGCUCGUACGUGAAGCAAUGCGUUUUAUCGGGGUCGCGGCGGGCGUCCGCCCCGGGGGGAUCCACCGCUGAGGCGACGCAGUUCUACUCCUCAAGGGCAAGGGUCCAGCCUUCCAUCGCCCCUACCCGGUUUUCCUCAUCUCCCAGGUUUGUCGAGCGGCCUUAAGAAUUAUUUCCGGGAUUUGGUGGCCUUUCCGUGACUUCUUUUGGGUUUUCCCAGUAGGUGUCCUUCGGAGCUGGGUUGCUGCUCAGGAUUCCUGCUCCCGGUGCACAGUGCGAUGGCUUUGAUGAGGCUGAAUUCGAGCCUUAGUUCGACGUGCAGGUUCUACAGAUCGCUUUCACAAGGUACGCUACGACGCACCUGGCCCGGACUCUAG